UAUGCGUUGUGUAUUAUGUGUUAUGCAAAAGCUUGUGCUCUGGCCCUAUCAUUUGAAGCUAUUGGUUGCCAUUUUUGUAUACAUUUUCACUGUCGCGUUAUACCAUCUAUACAAUUUGCUUUUCAGAGGGAGUUACUUCUUUUCCACGUGUUUGUGGCUUUUCGAGAUGUUUACAGCAAACGCAAAGAUAAUUAAGAGUGGUGGUGCCGAGCCCGACCAGUUCGAGCUGGGCAUCUCCAAUGCUCUCCUGGAUUUGGAAAUGAACAGCGAUUUGAAGUCGCAGUUGAGAGAAUUAUAUAUUACCAAGGCAAGAGAGAUGGAAACGAAUAAUAAGAAGUCCAUUAUUAUAUAUGUGCCCAUGCCAAAAUUGAAGGCCUUCCAAAAGAUCCAAACAAGGUUGGUACGUGAAUUGGAGAAGAAGUUUUCUGGCAAACAUGUAAUGUUUGUUGGUGAACGUAAAAUUUUGCCUAAACCAACAAGAAAAACUCGCACCAAGAAUAAACAAAAGCGUCCUAGAAGCCGAACAUUAACUGCUGUGUAUGAUGCUUUAUUGGAAGAUCUUGUUUAUCCUGUGGAGAUUGUUGGCAAGCGUACCAGAGUUAAGUUAGAUGGAUCUCAAGUGAUCAAAGUUCAUCUUGAUAGGAAUGAACAGACAAAUAUUGAACAUAAGGUUGACACUUUUGCUUCAGUAUAUAAACAACUAACCGGACGGGAUGUCACAUUUGAGUUUCCUGAAUCUUAUGUAUAGUUUAUUAAGAAAUAAAAGUAUUUGAGGUCUUUCGACUUAAAAUCUUGACCAAAA